AUGGGUGUCCUCGACGUUGUUCCGGCUGGUGUCUUGACUGGCGAUAAUGUGCGCAAGCUCUUCGAGUAUGCUAGGGAGCACAACUUUGCGAUUCCGGCUGUGAACGUCACCUCGUCCUCGACCGCCAACGCUGUUCUCGAGGCUGCUCGCGACAUCAAAGCACCUAUCAUCCUCCAGGCUUCCCAGGGUGGAUCUGCCUACUUUGCUGGCAAGGGCCUUUCCAACACCAACCAGGAAGCAUCGAUCAUCGGUGCCAUUGCGGCCGCUCACCACAUCCGCACUGUCGCCAAGGCUUACGGCGUUCCCGUUGUUUUGCACACCGACCACUGCGCUCACAAACUCCUCCCGUGGUUCGAUGGUAUGCUCGAUGCCGAUGAAGCAUACUUCAAGGAACACGGAGAGCCUCUCUUCUCGUCGCACAUGCUUGACUUGUCUGAGGAGCCCAAGGAGGAGAACAUUGCAACAUGCGUCAAGUACUUCACUCGCAUGGCCAAGAUGAACCAAUGGCUUGAAAUGGAAAUCGGUAUCACCGGUGGCGAGGAAGACGGCGUUGAUAAUACCGGUGUUGACAAUGCCGCUCUUUACACUCAGCCAGAGGAUAUCUAUGACGUCUAUAAGGCACUAUCGGAUAUCAGCCCUAACUUCAGCAUUGCGGCCGCUUUUGGAAACGUGCAUGGUGUAUACAAGCCCGGCAACGUUGUCCUCCGGCCUGAGAUCUUAGCCAAGCAUCAAGCUUACACUGCGGAAAAGGUUGGCGGCUCAAACAAGAAGCCGUUGUUCCUGGUCUUCCACGGUGGAUCCGGUUCUACGAAGGAGGAAAUCGAAACCGCCGUUGAGAGCGGUGUUGUCAAGAUGAACGUUGACACUGAUACACAAUUUGCCUACUUGGCCGGUAUUCGAGACUUUUUCAAAGCCAAGGAAGGUUACAUCCAAACACAGGUCGGCAACCCCGAGGGUCCAGACAAGCCCAACAAGAAGGUAUACGAUCCGCGUGUGUGGGUACGCGAGGGUGAGAAGACACUCUCGGCCCGUGUGAAGGAGGCUUGCAAGGACUUGGGCAACGUCAACACUCUGUAA